GACAACUCCGACUCUGGCUUUUGCUCGAGCACAUCACGAAGCACUCCAAAUUACUCCCACUCGGUCCAGCACAUACCGUCUUUCGUCUUCAGCAAAUCAGCCGCCAUGUCUGCCGACUUCCAAGGCGUCGCGAAGCAAUUCGUCGAGUACUACUACAAGACCUUCGACACGAAUCGCAACGACCUCGCCGCCCUCUACAGGGACCAGUCCAUGCUCACAUUCGAGGGCAACCCAACACAAGGAGGCGCCGCCAUCACCACGAAGCUCUCCGAGCUUCCGUUCCAGCGAGUCGAGCACCAAGUCGCCACUCUCGAUGCACAGCCCAGCAACGAGGGCGGUGGCAUUCUGGUCAUUGUCACUGGUGCCUUGUUGGUCGAGGAGGAGAGGAGACCAAUGAGCUACUCUCAGACCUUCCAGCUGUCGCCCGAUGGCCAGGGCAGCUACUACAUCUUCAACGACAUUUUCCGUUUGGUAUACCCAGCAGCUUAAAUUCCUGCACGCGAGGAGCUUCAGUAAACUUAGGGGAAAGAGCAGAGUGGGCAUGAGCUUGGGCAGGUGUGCUCGGUGAAGAGCCGGACAACACUCAUUCGGUGGAGGCACAACGCAAGCGAGAACCUUCCACCGGAGUGAACACCUCGUUAGCUACAAGACGCAGCUCACCCAAUCCAUGCACUCGGCUGUGACAGCGUGCUCGAGCGAGGGAGUUGGAAACCAGCAUCUCGCCCACGUAGCACGCGAAAAAUGGCAUUGCUGAUCAGUAUCAUCCUGUUCCCUCUUCGACAUAGCCCAGGACGAAGAAAUUUCUGACUGCCUUCCUCCAACCUGUGCAACCAUAUGGAAUUCCACUCGUUCUUUCUUAAAGCCACAG